CCUUUCAAGCCACCGUGACAGCCGUAACUCACCAGGUUUGUCCGCCGGCAUACCUCAAUUUCUCUUCGGACUCUCUUAUGGAUUUCUAAGCCUAGCUGUUCAGAUUUUUUGUGUGUCGGCCGUAGAGAGGAGCUCCUUCAAUUCGUUUCUGUACGUUUUCAAUGGAUACGCAUAGUCUAAUACUAGCAGGAAAAUGAACUAUAGAUCUCAUAUUAGUUUACUUGCUUUUCUGCUCAGUUCUCCCGCACAGUCUUCCCUUCUGAUAUCCAUGAUCUCCUGAUUUUCUCUAGUCGUUGGGAUAUAAUUGUGUGGUUUUGCUUCUCGCCCACUGUAUUUCACCGUGUGGUGGAUAAUGUUUGAUUCUUCUGGCUUUUAUGAACAGGUAAGAAGUUGUGGGUUUUGCUCUGAGCUCCCAACAAUGGCGCCUAAAGCUGAUGCUACCAAGAAGGCUGAUCCAAAGGCGCAGGCUGCCAAGGCAGCCAAGGCUGUGAAAUCAGGGCCUACAUUCAACAGGAAGGCCAAGAAGAUCAGGACUAAGGUCACCUUUCACCGCCCCAGGACCCUGAAGAAGGAGAGGAACCCCAAGUAUCCUCGCAUCAGUGCACCUCCAAGGAACAAGCUUGAUCACUACCAGAUUUUGAAGUUCCCAUUGACCACUGAAUCUGCAAUGAAGAAGAUCGAGGAUAACAACACCCUUGUCUUCAUUGUUGAUCUCCGUGCCGAUAAGAAGAAGAUCAAAGCUGCUGUCAAGAAGAUGUACGACAUUCAGGCCAAGAAAGUUAACACCUUGAUCAGGCCUGAUGGAACCAAGAAGGCUUAUGUCAGGUUGACUCCAGACUAUGAUGCCUUGGAUGUGGCAAACAAGAUUGGGAUUAUCUAAAUUUCAUUAUUUUGUACUGCUUCUCAGACUCGAGCAUUGUUUUCAAGUUUUGGACAGUUUUGCUAGUUAUGUGGUGUUAGCAGAGUCCAUCCAUGUCUGUACCUGUCUUUCCUCUGGAGAACUCAAGUUUUCAAUUUAGUUUACCGACCUUUUCUUAUUGAUGUUCCAUUAUACUUCUAAUUUGUAUCCAUUAUCCUAUCAGUGGAUGGUCCAGAGUUGUGACUAGCUGUGGUAUCCCACGUAGAUAAUCUGC